GCGAAGAAGACGACUAAACCCUGUUUCGCCAUUUGCUAAAACCCUACCCAGCUCCCCUGACUCAACUUCGAAUAGAGAACCAUGGCCAUGUGCUUGCGACGCGCACUUUCACGUCGAAGCAUCCUCCUCCAUCGGUGCUGCGUCAACCUCCAGAGCUGCGAUUUCUCUCCCGUGGCUCGCUCCGGCGUCUUGUCCGAUCCCGAUCUACGGAUCGGACCUCCGUCCCUCGCGCCCGCUGAAUUCAUCAGAUUAGACGCCAGAGGCUUCGCCAAAGGCAGAAAAUCAAAGGAUGAUUCAGCCUCUGGUUCCGUUGAUGUCGUUACGGACAUUGGGCCUAGUGUUAAGGAAGCUGCCAAGUCCCAAAUGGAUGCUGCCAUUGUGGCGUUAUCGCGCGAAUUAGUGAAACUUAGAACUGGAAGGGCCUCUGCUGGGAUACUCGAUCACAUUAUAGUGGAGACAAGUGGAGUAAAGAUGCCUCUGAAUAGGUUAGCGGUCGUGUCAGUGGUUGAUCCGAAGACGCUGUCGGUCAAUCCUUAUGAUCCAAAUACAGUGAAGGAAUUAGAGAAAGCUAUUGUUUCUUCUCCUUUAGGAUUAAAUCCUCAGGUGGACGGUCAGCGUCUGAUUGCCAAUAUUCCUCCGUUGACAAAAGAGCAUAUGCAGGCAAUGACUAAGGUGGUUGCCAAGUCUUGUGAAGAUGUUAAACAGAGUAUAAGAAGGGCUCGCCAGAAGGCAUUGGAUACAAUAAAGAAAGCUGGUUCGAGUUUCCCCAAGGAUGAUGCAAAGAAAUUGGAGAAAGAGGUAGAUGACUUGACUAAGAAGUUCGUUAAAUCAGCCGAGGAGAUGUGCAAAGCGAAGGAAAAGGAGAUAAAUUCAGGCUAAACCAUCGGCUGUUAGCAAUUUCUAAUAGAACUCGAGAGUUCGUUCGGAGAGCAGUCACUCAAAAUUACGUAUAAAUUGUUCCUCUGGUCGGCUGGGAAUUUUGCUGUCGUCAUAUUCGAAUGCACGGACAGAACUGGCCGUUGAGAUAUAUUGUGGGCUGAUCUGUUUUUGGCUUGAUGGCA